AUGCAUAUGCCUACUUUCGGACAGGUCGCCACCCUCGGCAUGGCCUUCUUCGCCGUCGCAGCUCUGGCUAACCCCGUUGCUGAGCCUCUUGAGGCCGACAUCGUCGAGCGCUCUGCCGACAUCGUCGCCCGCGGUGAGGGUAUCGCAGCCAUCGGCGGCGCCGAAGUCCUCGCCCGCAACGCCGCCCUCGAGCAGCGCAACAAGAAGAAGAAGUGCAAGCGCACCCACAGCAAGGACUACUGCUCCGACUCGGACGACGACAAGAAGAAGAAGGACAACAAGAAGAAGCAGUGCAAGCGCAACAAGAAGGGCGACUGCUCCGACUCUGACGAUGAUAAGAAGAAGGGCAACCAGAAGGGCAACCAGAAGGACGACAAGAAGGGCGGCAACAAGGGAUACUACCGUCGCCACGCCAACGCCGACGUCGAGGACCUCGAGUAA